ACACCUAAUUAGCUACCUACAGCUUCCUCACGCAGCAAACUAGCUAGCUCCGAACCUGAUUAACUAGAAACCAUGGCCAAGCUCCCCGCUGUCCUCCUCGCAGCUUGCGCUGCCCUCCUGGCCCUUGCCGCGCCGUUGCUCGCCGGCGACCCCGACAUGCUCCAGGACUUAUGUGUCGCCGACUACAAGUCCCUCGAAGGCCGUAAGUGUGAUGCGAAGGUCACAUCGAACGACUUCUUCUCCGACGUACUAUCCCUCCCGGGCAACACCGGCAACCCGGUUGGUUCCGCUGUGACGGCGGCGAAGGUGGAGAAGCUCCCGGGGCUCAACACGCAGGGUGUGUCCAUGUCCCGCGUUGACUACGCGCCGUGGGGCGUGAACCCGCCGCACACCCACCCUCGCGCCACCGAGAUCAUCUUUGUGCUCGAUGGCUGCCUCGACGUGGCCUUCGUCACAACCGCCAGCAAGCUCUUCGCUCGCACCGUCUGCAAGGGCGAGGUCUUCGUCUUCCCCCGCGGCCUCGUCCACUACCAAAAGAACAACGGCGGCGCGCCGGCCGCUGCGAUCUCGGCGUUCAACAGCCAGCUUCCCGGCACUCAGUCUCUCGCCGUGUCGCUUUUCGGGGCGUCGCCGCCGGUGCCCACCGACGUGCUGGCCAGGGCGUUCCAGAUCGAUGGAGGCAUGGUGGAGGCCAUCAGGUCCAAGUUCCCGCCUAUGAACUAGGCGUCCUUGAUGCAUACAGUCGGAGGGAUCGGCCAUGUCUACGUUCGUACGUGCUGCGCCAAUAAAUUAGGAGGACGCCGUAAAAGUGUGAUUUUAAUUGAUCUGUUUGUAUCUUUUCAUUUGAUCGUUCCAUCAUUUCUGUCCGUGCUUUGUGAA